AUGGAGCCCACUCUGAGUUCCAGGAAGACAAGGAAAAGGCUGAGAAGUAAUUCAUCUGAUUCUCAUAAUUUGGCUUGUUCUCUGGAUGAGACAACAGACCAGACAGUUCAGCAAGAACAAGAAAACGACUUGAUAGUGUCCAUUGAGUUUGAAGAGUCCAGUGACAGCGGUCACCAGAAUCCAAAUCUACUUGAAGUUAUACCUGAAUCUUCAGAAAGUGGUACCACCCAACCAUCCUCACUCAGCAGCGAGGAGUGGACUUUGCGUGCUGCCCCCCAAGGCACCUCUGACUGCUCAGCGGCUGCAGCGGCUGAGAACUCCGUUCCCAGUGAUGCUGCCUCAUCUGAAUUAUAUCCAUAUAAUCCUGUGAUGGAAAACAUUUCCUGUAUUAUGCCUAGUAAUGAGAUGGAACUACAAUUGGAUUUUAUAUUUACCUCUAUUUAUAUUGGUAAAAUAAAAGGAGCAUCUAAAGGUUGCGUUACAUUCACGACAAAGUAUGUUAAGAUUCCAUUUCAAGUGUCCCUCCAUGAGGUUUCAUUGCUAGUGGACACUGCGCAUUUAAAGAGGUUUGGCUUGUGGAAAAGUCAGGACGAUGACCCCACUAAGAGGAACCAUGCUAUCCUUUUCCUCUGGGUUUCUCCAGUUUAUCUUCAAGAGAUUCAGACGCAGUUAGAAAAUCCUGCAUUAAGCCAGCAAUCUAAGUCCAGUGAAUUUAUUUUCCUUGAGCUGCAUAAUCCUAUUUCACACAGAGAAGAACUGAAAUUGAAAGAUAUCAUGACGGAAAUCAGCACGACCAGUGGAGAAGUAGAGCUUGCUUAUCCGUUGUCCUGGAUUCAGGCAUUUCCAUUGUUUCAGAGCCUCUCUUCAAAAGAAAGCUCUUUUAUUCAUUAUUACUGUGCUUCAACUUUUUCUUUCCCUGCUGCCGCUGUUGAAGAAAUGAAGGUGAUAUCAGUAGCUCAGUCUGCAAAUAUAAAUGCAGCCACGCCUACUUACACCUUAAUGCAAAAGCAAAGUAGCGGUUGCUACUCACUUUCUAUUACAUCUAAUGCAGAAGAAGAAUGGCGAGAAGUCAAGCACACAGGACCCGUUCAGAAGUUGAUUGUAUACCCUCCACCACCUACCAAAGGGGGAUUAGGAGUAACUAAUGAAGACCUAGAGUGCUUAGAAGAAGGAGAGUUUCUUAAUGAUGUAAUCAUUGAUUUCUAUCUUAAGUAUCUUCUAUUGGAAAAGGCAUCCGAUGAACUUGUUGAACGAAGUCACAUUUUUAGUAGCUUUUUCUAUAAGUGCUUGACAAGAAAGGAAAAUAAUUUAACAGAAGAUAAUCCAAAUCUGUCAAUGGCGCAGAGAAGACAUAAAAGAGUAAGAACAUGGACUCGUCACAUAAACAUUUUUAAUAAGGAUUACAUCUUUGUGCCAGUAAAUGAGUCAUCUCACUGGUAUCUUGCAGUCAUUUGUUUUCCUGGGUUAGAAGAAGCUGUGUGUGAAGAUUUGUCACAAACUGUAUCCCAGCAGUCCCAGGCUGAGCAGUCCCAAGCGUUCACUAAAACCACAGAUAAUGAUACUACUUCAACACUCUCCUCGGGUGCAGACGAUUCCCAAAGUACCGAGAUGAAUGUGUCAGUACCAAAGAAAAUGUGUAAAAGGCCAUGUAUUCUCAUACUUGACUCCUUGAAAGCUGCUUCUGUACAAAAUACAGUUCAGAAUUUACGAGAGUAUUUAGAGGUAGAGUGGGAAGUGAAACGAAAAACUCAUCGUGAAUUUAGCAAAACCAACAUGGUGGACUUAUGCCCUAAAGUUCCCAAGCAAGAUAAUAGUAGUGAUUGUGGAGUAUAUUUACUGCAGUAUGUGGAAAGCUUCUUCAAGGACCCUAUUGUUAAUUUUGAACUUCCAAUUCAUUUGGAGAAGUGGUUUCCACGUCAUGUGAUCAAGACCAAACGGGAAGAUAUUCGAGAGCUCAUUUUGAGACUCCAUUUACAGCAACAGAAGGGCAGCAGUAGCUAGUUAAUCUCCGCAAAGAGAUGUUCCAGAGGAUUACUGAACAGCCACUUACCAGCAUUUGCAUUAGCCAAGUCACAAGAACAAUAACCUGUAGUUUUAUGAGUCAUUGGAUGUGAUUUAAAAUACAUACACUUUAUUAUUAGGAUUGUUGCUAUCUCAUAGAUGGGGAGGGUACUAGGGUGGCAGAGGAACUUGCUAAAUAGAAGUUAAAAUUCCGUAACUUUCUUUUCUUUCUUUUUUUUUUUUUUGAGUGAAGAUGCUUGGAUUAUGCAAUAGCAUGUAAUGUGGCAAUGGUUUUGUACAUAAUUAAACCGUGUGAUCUGUACUUUUACAUGACUGGGAGUUGAAGGGAGUUAGGGUCUUCCUGGUGUCAGCCCCAGUGCUUGUCACAUUUGUUGACAAGUCCUGAUAUUGUAAUUCUGUUCUUUGCAGCUCAAGCAUGCAGUACGAAUACUGUGUAUUUUUUAAAAGAAUUUACUAUCAAGGCUUCAGAAAUGCCAUUUACGGCAUACCUUCUGUAUAGUGUAAAAGAGGACAUUCAGGUUAGGGAGAUGGAAAAACCCUUCUUUGACAAUGCAGCUGAUCAUGUUCCUGAGCUGCCCAGUGUUCCUCUCCCCACUCCCCAGUUUCUCUCAGCAUCAUGUGGCAAUGAGGGUAUUUCCUCCUUCACUGAUGGUGAAGUUUGGAAUAGACUAAAAAACUGGAGUUUUAAAAAUGGGUUUCUUUCUGAAAUUAAAGAAACAAAGUCAAAAAAGAAAGGAAAAAAGUGUAGCUGUCCACAAUAGGUUUUUAAAAUUACAUACAU